AUGCCUUCUGCUCCUGCUCUCGGCGCCCUGGGCAUGACCUUUACCGUCAUGCGCAUCAUGGAGGGCAUUGCGCUCCUCACCAUCAUCGGGCUGUCUGCCAACUUUAUCAGUGACGCCGUCAACGCCGGCUACGUUGCCCCUCCUCCGCUGGUCGGCACUCUUGUCGUGUCCUGUCUGGCCACUCUGUACAUUGCCAUCAGCUACAUCCUGUACUACGACUCGAUGCUGCCCAUGCUCAUCGCCACGGGCGCCGACGCGGCGGUCCUCAUCAUGGUGAUUGUCGUGGCGGUGCUGCUCGGCAAGCCCGUCAGCUACCUCCAGUGCGAGUCGUACCCGUCCAAGGGCAACACGGCCAACUUUAUCGACUCUGUCUACAGCAACGUCAAGAAGACCAACUCCAACGUCUUCCUCUGGGUUGACCCGGACAAGACGGCCUGCUACGAGGUCAAGGCGGUCUGGGGCCUGAGCACCGCCCUGUGCAUCAUGUUUGCCAUGUCGGCCAUUGUCUCUGUCUGUCUUUGGCGCCGCAUCAAGGGCCCCUCGUCGGAGGCUCCCAAGGACCUCGAGUGA